AGGAAGGAAAUUUUAAUCAGACUGUGCUCCAAUCACUACAAGUAUUUGCGAUAGCGGUGUUUUAAUAUAUAUAUAAUAAUACCUAAAAGAUAACCCCUUAGUGAUCUCAACGAUCUUAUAUUUUCUUUUACAGAGGGAGUAUAUAAUUAAAUUACUGAUAAGAUGACAACUUUUUUGUGGGAAAACUAUGCGAGAAAAUGCAUUGGUGGGCUUGACAGAAAAUGUGCAUAAAAAAAUGAUGAAUAAAGUGCGCCCUAUAUGGCUUAAAGAAAAGGGUACUCUGGUGUCAGAGUGGCCUCGGAGCAAAAACUAGGUUUAGAGGGGAAGAGUUUGGAAAAAAGAAGAAAAAAAAGAAGAGGAAACCCUAAACCCCUCCUCCCCUCCCCUUCGCUUCACCUCUUCUUCCCCGUGGCGGCGAGCUGCGGCGGCGCUCCGGUGCGCUUCGACGCCGGCGGCCACCUCCCGGCGACGGCCAACCACUCGGCGGCCAGACUUGCAGGCUUAUGCAGAGAGCAGAGGCCAGGAGCAGAACGGGCCGGUGAAGACAGCAGCAAGAGGCGGCAUCACGCGAAGGUGGGGAGCAGCGCGUGGUUUGGUUGAAUUGGUAGGUAUCGGUGCAUAAUGUCGUCCAAUUGGCGGUCACUGCAGCACCGGCAUCGCUACACCUACACAUCGGUCGUCUUCCCCAAGCACUACCUGGAAGCACUGCCCCUUGUGCCGGCCCAGGUCUCCGCGUCCAAUUUCUUCGCCCAGCUGAACAAUUUGAUAUCCCUGCCAUCCACCUACGCGCAAAUCGUUGUGGUCAAGGACUUCGCCUCGGCGUUUGUGCAGUUUCUUUCUGCUCCAGCGAUAUCUGAUGAUGUCGUGCUUGCUGCCGCCAAGCUUUAUUUGGAGAUCCUCUUCUUUGAGAACUCGCUCCCUCUCCAUCGGGUGCUAAUAUCUGUGCUUGCCAAGUGCAACAAGUUCUCUGCGCUCAUUAGUGCCUGCUUUACUUUGCUGUGUGAAGAGUAUGGUGCCUCUGGUGUCAAGGCAAAGAAGAGAUUUUUGGUGUCUCGAGCUGCGUUGUCACUGAUUGGCUACCCCAAGUUGGGUUUUCUGAAUGAGGCAGUUGAGAAGGGUGUAGAGAUCAUGGCAUGGGAUGUGGUUGCUGGGCUUGACGGAGUGAUUAGGGACAUAGAUGAUGGGUCCCGGCCAUCUCCAGUUGUGAUGGAGCAGUGCCAAGAGGCCAUGUCUUGCAUGUACUACUUGCUGCAGCGUUACCCUUCUAAGUUUACUGGACUUGAUGAGGCAUCAGCUGUCUUCAAGAGUGCUGUUAGGACGAUACUGACUGUUCUGAAGUCAUCUGCCUUUUCGAGGGAUUGUCUGGUGGCCUCUGGAGUUAGCUUCUGUGCUGCAAUUCAGGUUUUCAUGAGUACCGAGCAGAUUUCCUGGUUUAUUUCUCAAGGGCUCUUUGGUAUCUUUCCUGACCAUGAAGAGGAUCUAGCUGCGCAUGAUGCACUUUCUGAUUUUCAUCUGAGUGAAGAAAUCAGAGAUCUCUCGGUUUUGAGUAGACUUUGUUUGCUCAGAGGGAUUUUGACGGCUAUUCCAAGGAAAGCACUCAACGUGCGUCAGCUUCAUUCAAAUGGAUCUUUAUGGACUGUAUUGUAUGAUGGGAUUUUGCCUGAGCUUUGCAUGCACUGUGAGAACCCCAUUGAUAGGCACUUCAAUUUCCAUGCUCUGACAGUGACUCAAAUAUGUCUGCAGCAGAUUAAGACAUCUGUUUUGGCUGAUUUCACUGACUUCUCUGGUGACUAUAAGCCUUUCUCUAGGGAUGUUGUCAACCGUGUAUUAAAAAUCAUAUGGAGCAACCUGGAAGAUCCUUUGAGUCAGACUGUAAAACAAGUGCACCUCAUCUUUGAUCUCCUAUUGGAUAUUGAAUCGUGUCUUCCAUCAGAAGACCAAAGUGUCAAAUUGGUUCUGUGCGACAUUGCAAAUGAUUUACUUCGCCUAGGUCCGCGAUGCAAAGGGAGAUAUAUCCCUUUAGCUUCUUUGACGAGGCGAUUGGGUGCCAAAUCUCUUCUAAGCUUGAAAUCAAACCUCCUUUUAGAAACAGCCUAUGCUUACAUAGAUGAUGAUGUUUGUUGUGCUGCAACAUCGUUUUUAAAAUGCUUCCUUGAGAAUUUAAGGGAUGAAUGCUGGAAUGAGGAUGGUGUUGAGCAAGGAUAUGAUGCCUUUAGAGGGUUGUGCUUGCCUCCUUUGAUGCGGGGAUUAGUAUCUGGGAAUUCGAAGCUACGAUCCAAUUUAAAUACUUAUGCAGUACCCACUGUCAUCGAAGUUGACACAGACAGUAUAUUUGCAAUGCUUGGAUUCAUCUCUGUAGGCCCAAGUGCAGAUGCAAAUAAAUUGGAUGUGCCAUUGAAAAGUGACCAAUGUAUAGCCGCACUGGUUUCACUGCUAAAGGUCUCUCGAAAUCUCGCACUUGUGGAAGGGGACAUUCAUAUGGAUUCUGAUGAAUUGCUUGAGCAGGAGGAUGAUAAGGGUGCUGUAAUCAUAUCUGUUAAAGGGAUUACUGUUAGAGUACCUGCUAAUUGGUUUGUUUUGGCACUGACACACAGUGAUGAAACUCUGCGUAUAGAUGCUGCUGAAUCUCUCUUCCUAAAUCCUAAGACAUCAAGUCUUCCAUCCUCCUUGGAACUGAGUUUGCUUAAACUAGCAGUCCCAUUGAAUAUGCGUUGUAGCUCAACAGCAUUUCAAAUGAAAUGGGCAGGUUUAUUUAGAAAGUUUUUUGCUAGGGUGCGCACAGCACUGGACAGACAGCUAAAGCAGGGAUCAUGGCUGCCAUCACCAAACUCUAUUGUAAAAGAAGCUCAUCCUGUUGACACUGUUAUGGACACUACUGUGCAGAGAGCGGAAGAUCUCUUCCAGUUCAUGAAGUGGUUGGGCUCCUUCCUAUUUAAUUCUUGUUACCCUUCUGCCCCUUAUGAAAGGAAAACAAUUGCAAUGGAGCUUAUUCUUAUAAUGGUAGAUGUAUGGCCUAUUCGUCGCUCUGAAGGGAAGACUGAUGUUCAUCCUUAUAAUGACAGCAUAACAUUGCCAGAUUCAACAAUUUCAUUUGUAGGGUCUAUAAUUGAUAGCUGGGACAAGCUAAGGGAAAAUUCUUUCCGCAUUCUGUUGCAGUUUCCAACACCUCUUCCUGGAAUUUCCCAGAGUGCAUCCAUAAAUGAUGUUAUCAGAUGGGCAAAAGAACUCGUGCUAAGCCCGCGAGUUCGGGAAAGUGACGCUGGCGCAUUAACCUUCCGACUUAUAUUUCGGAAGUAUGUUUUGGAGCUUGGAUGUGUUAUUGUUUUCUCUGAAGAAAAUGAUUGCCUUCAGUGUUACACGAAAUCUACAGAUGAAGAUACAGAAGUAAUUACCAGUCAAAACCCAGUUGCACAGUACAUUUCAUCACUCAUUCAGUGGCUGUGUACUGUUGUAGAAGAGGGUGAGAGGGAUCUUUGUGAAGCAUGUAAGAGAAGCUUUGUUCAUGGAGUUCUUCUUACCUUGCGCUACACAUUUGAUGAGCUGAAUUGGAACUCUGCAGCAAUCCAAUCGUGUCUUUCAGAGAUGAGGAGUUUGGUUGGAAAGCUUCUUCAACUCAUAAUGCGUAUAACAUCGCUAGCCCUGUGGGUAGUUUCUUCUGAUGCAUGGUAUAUGCCAUAUGAUAUGGAUGACAUGAUUGAUGAUGGCUCCUUUCUCUUGGAUAUAAUUGAUGAGGAUCAACCUGAUACUGCUUUAGCAACGACAGAGAAGAAUGCCAAAUCAGGGAAUAAUGGCAAACCGGCCGAACAUGUUAUUAUGGUUGGUUGUUGGCUUGCUAUGAAGGAGGUUAGCCUUCUAUUUGGAACCAUUGUCAGGAAAAUUCCAUUGCCUGUCUGUUCUCACUCAAAUUCAUCUCAGAAUGGUUUGUCUGACAAUACCGAGCAGACAAACAUGUCUGGGGAGGUUCUAGAUGUGGAACAGUUAGAGAUGAUGGGUGAUCAUUUUUUGCAAGUUCUUCUUAAAAUGAAGCAUAAUGGUGCAAUUGAUAAGACAAGGGCUGGACUUACUGCCCUCUGCAACCGUCUUCUUUGCUCAAAUGAUUCAAGGCUCUGCAAAAUGACGGAAUCGUGGAUGCUGUUACUGAUGGAUAGGGCAGUUGCUAAAGGGCAAACUGUGGAUGAUUUGCUAAGAAGGAGCGCAGGAAUCCCUGCUUCUUUUAUGGCACUGUUCCUUGCAGAGCCAGAUGGAACUCCAAAGAAGCUACUUCCAAGGGCGUUACAAUGGCUGAUAGAAUUUGCUAAAACGUCUUUAUCUAAUUUUCAGAAAGAUCACAACCAGAAAUCUGAAGCAAUGAAAGACUGCAUUGUAGAUUCGUGUGAGUCACAAUCAGGAAUCACCACAAGUGUUCAUUCUAAUGGAAAUUUGUCAAAAAGCCGAGAUGAGGGUGUUGUUCCUACAGUGCAUGCAUUCAAUGUGCUUAGAGCUGCUUUUAAUGAUGCAAAUUUAGCAGCUGACACUUCGGGUUUCUGUGCUGAGGCAACGAUAGUUGCAGUACAUGCAUUUUCAUCUCCUUACUGGGAAGUGCGUAAUGCAGCUUGUCUAGCAUAUACUGCACUGGUUCGCCGCAUGGUUGGGUUUUUGAAUGUGCAGAAACGGGAGUCUGCACGACGGUCAAUAUCUGGCCUUGAAUUCUUCCACAGGUACCCGGCACUUCAUCCAUUCCUUUCUAGUGAACUGAAAGUUGCAACAGAACUAUUAGCUGAUGGGGUUUCCUGCAAUUUAGAGUCACAUAUCGCAAAAGCCAUACACCCCAGCCUGUGCCCUAUUCUUAUUCUUUUAUCAAGGCUUAAGCCGACACCCAUUAGCUGUGCAACCGAUGAUCCUUUAGAUCCAUUUUUGCUUUUACCUUUUAUCCAGAAAUGUGCUACCCAGAGUAACUACCGGGUUCGUGUCCUUGCAUCAAGGGCUUUAAUUGGUCUGGUAUCUAACGAGAGACUGCAGCACGUUGUUGGUGAUAUACUGGAUGAUUUACCUUGUGGAGGUCGUAAAGUGUCAACUCAUAAUUCUCAGUCUUCUUCAUUCAAUUCAAUCCAUGGCCUUCUUCUGCAGCUGUUUUCCCUUCUCGAUAGAAACUUCAGAGGUUUGACAGACAGUAACAAGAAGGAUCAGAUUCUUGGCCAACUAGUCGAGGUUCUCUCAAAGUGCUCUUGGCUUGGCUGCUGUAAAUUAUGUGCAUGCCCUGUUGUAAGUACAUCAUACUUACGGGUUCUGGAUCAGAUGCUUGAUGUUGCAAGGACAGGGAAAAGCAAGCAUACUGACGUUAUCCGGACACUGCUGUUACAAUUGAGUUCCCAGAGUCUGAACAAUGUAACAUCAACCCACCAUGCUUUCCAUGAUCCUACCCAGAUUGAAUUUCAGCAGCAAGCAGUUGCAUCAUAUUUCAGCUGUGUUGGUAUUCCCAAGGGACAUGAUGAAACCGCUGAGGAAGAUGUUCGAUUGCAAAUACUUGAUCAGUCGACUUCAAGCAUGUCAGAGACGCCUUGUGCGGUCUCCCUCACUGAGCUGCACAAGGAGAUAAUGUCUUGCCUUGCCGAUCCUAUAUAUGAUGUUAGAAUCACAGUGCUGAAGAGGAUUCUGCAGCUUGUGAAAUCAAUCAGGUCUGGUGAUAGUAAGAACAUUUUGCAUCAAUGGGCUAGGGCUAGUCUGCACUCUGUGAUUAUGGAACGGUUAUCUGUGGAAGAACACCCCAAAUGCCUUUAUUAUAGUCUAAGGAUCAUAUUUUCAUGGAACGUGGAAUGCCAGUUCAACAAUGGAGAAGAUUGCAAUACAUUUUUAUCCAUCUGGGACAGAUUAGUUCUUUUGAACAGCACUGUGUCACAUGCAAAAACCAGAGAAAUAAUUCUAUGUUGCAUGGGUAUGUGCAUGAAGCAGUUUGCUAAAUUGAUGAGGGAUGGCGUGUUACCGGAAGGUCUUAAAACGAGUGAGCUCUCUACUUCCUCUGGGAGUAUCCACAAAGGGAAUAAUAGAUUGUCCGCAGCCAUUAUCAGCACAGACCUUUUUGUCAGUCUUGUUAAGAAGCAAAGUGCACCAUCUGAAACCGUGAAUUCUCGUAGGGCUGCCGCUGAAGCAAUUAUCGCUUCAGGUCUUCUUGAAGAGGCAAAUUUUGUCAAAGCACGUGUGUCCAACACAUACAUUCCUUCGGAACAAGACAACGAAUGCCAUCUCGAGGAGAAAUGCUUGAAAGCUAGCCCGGGUGAAUUUGCCAGUCUCUAUGCAUGCAAGAUACUUGACCUAUGGUUCAUAUGCAUCCAGUUGCUGGAGGAUGAGGAUGUCCAUCUUCGGCAGAAACUCGCCAACGAUGUCCAGAAGAUAAUUGGAAAUGGGUCAGGCAACAAGCUAUGUGAUGAUUCCACGCCACUGCAAGUGGACAGGGUGAUUGCGUUGAGCUUCGAGUUCAUAACCUGCUUGUUUGGUCACUGGCUGAAAUAUGUCGAGUACUUGCUAAGGAUGGUUUUGGACACUGCUAACACGUUGGACUCGGAUGGUGACUUGGUCCGUCAGAUAUUCGACAAAGAAAUCGAUAACCACCAUGAGGAGAAGCUGCUGAUAUGCCAAAUCAGCUGCUCAAACAUUCAGAAGCUCGUGCGGUCUGGGCAUCAGCUGGCAACAUCAGGGAGAAGCGAAGCGUUGUUGCAGAACUGGAGGGAGCGCUUCUUGCACCAGCUUACGUCGUUGACGAGUGGCUACCUCGAGAAAGAGGGGAAAACCGAUUGGAUUGGCGGCAUUGGCAACCACAAGGAUGUGUUCGCGUCGGUAUACGCGAAUCUGCUCGGCCUGUACGCGCUCACCGAAUCAAGUUGGUUACCGGAACAAGCGGAGGACAGGCACGAAUCGUAUCUGCGAGAAUUUUCAGACCUGGAGGGGUUCAUCGCCCCGUUCCUGAAGAACCCUUUGAUCUCCAACCUUUACUUGCUGGUGAAGCGGUCGCAUAAGCCGGAAGAGGACCAGGGGGGAGGCUCUGCCGCCUCGGAAAAUUUUGAUCCAUAUUUUCUCCUCAGAUGAUUUUUCUUUCUCAUAUACAACAAUUAAGUAGCUCCUUUCGAGCGAGAUAUAGCGGUUACUUGGUCUGGAACCAAUUUGCAAAUUGUUUUUGGUACAUGCGAUGAGUAUCUGUAAACCGUGUUUCUUUCUACAGCUAAGUUUUGCGGCCACCAUAAUUUUGUUUUAUUGGGGGUGAAACUGUUGUGCUAUGAUGUUGUUAUUAUAUAGAAGUCGCCGCCGUAUGUUCUGCAUCA